AUGCUCAAAAGUCUCAAGAUUCCAAUAUCUUACUUUGCGUUGACGCUGCAAUUCCUCUUGUGUUGCGCGGGCGCGCAGCCCGGCCCGGAGAAAGCCGAAUCGAUUGAUUCCUCACUGGACUCGCUCGAUGGGAAAAAGAAGAAAAGAAAAGGGAGAAAUCUCGGGAAAUGGUUGAGGAGAAAAGGAGAAGGGAGACGAGCGGAGAAUGUAAAAAUGUUGGAAGAAGAGGAGGAAAAUGGGAAAAACGAGGUGAAAAUGGAUCUCUCGUCGGUGGAGAAUGAUGAGGAAAUGAUCGAGAAUCGACGGGAAUCGCGGGAGAUUCGACCUAGGCCAAUUUUCUACAACCCACAAGUCAGCGAGGAGUCUUCGCAACGCGAUGAACAGUCAGCCUCCCCACAGCCGAAACGCGUUCAUUUCCAAAAGGCCGACAAGCCGAGACAAUCGAGAACAUCGACAGAGAUGCGCCGCGGACCACAGGGAUCGCCGAUGAAUCGACGCUAUUCGGCGUGUCCACCGGCACUCUCGUCGGGUCGGGCAACCCUCUCCGAGACGGCCAUGCAACGCACCUUCCAUGAGGCGAUGCGCAACCGAAGAACUUCGUUGCCGGCCACGAGUCUCACGUUGCCCAAGAAUACACAGGUAGCCACGUCGAACAUCUCGGAAGCGCGGGGGAUUCUCGUGGAUUUGUUGGCGGGCAAGGAUUUGUCUCCAUCAGUUGUUGGAUGUUUGCGAGCCGUGGCCACCUUGCUCACCCCACAAAAUCAAGUCACCCUCUCCACACAUCACACGGAUUUCGGGUUGCCUUGCGUAGUCGAGAAUCCGUACAGCGGUGAGCCGCUGCUCGUCUCGUCGAGCUCCAAGCCUCGAGUCUCAAAUAUCACGUUUUCCACGGUCACUUCGGCCACUGGACUGCCUACAAUUGCUGCCGAGCCGAACCGUCCCCGCUCUAGUCGAUCGGAGAGCUACUGGAAACCGGAAACCUCAUCGAAUGGCCCUGAUUCGAUUCACGAGACGUCAAGCUGUAACCGCUUGGAUGCGAGUACCUCGUCACUCGCCUCCGAAGACGGCACAAUUCGGCAACGAAACGAGGUGGAAAGCGACGAGACAUGUAACACGGUAGAGCCUUGUUCUUCAAUCGGUCCAGUGACCACAUUCGAUGGCACUUUUUACAAUCCGAAAGAGCUCGAGGUGGACCCGUAUUUGGGGAGGAUUUGUGAUUGGAAUUUGCCGAUUUUCGAGAUGAGCGACAAGUUCAGGACGACGAUUUUGUCGAGGCUGACCUACUCGAUCUUCAAACAGGCGGAUCUCUUUCGGAUAUUUCGACUGAACGCCCAAAAGUUCUUCAACUAUUUUCACCAAUUGGAGAAAGGAUAUUGGGAGAUUCCAUAUCACAAUCGAAUCCAUGCGGCCGAUGUGCUGCACGGGGUCUACUACUUGACGUGUCAUCCGGUUCACCCUUGUCUUGGCAGAGCGCCGACUCCGGAGAGCCCGACAGCGGGGAAUCAACGAAACUCGCAUCUCGACUUGGACGCGUCGAGUGUCGCCGAGAGUAUGAGCACGCUCGAGCUGAUGGCUUUAUACACGGCGGCUGCCAUGCACGAUUUCGAUCACCCGGGGCGGACGAAUGCUUUCCUCGUGUCCACCGAGGACUCCAAGGCGAUAAUGUACAACGAUCGGUCAGUGCUCGAAAAUCACCAUGCAGCCGAAUCGUGGCGCUUAUUGCAGAAAAAGGAGAAUUGCUUCAUCGAGGGACUCGACGCGGCCGAGACGAAGAGAUUCAGAUAUCUCGUCCUUGAGUAUAUCUUGGCCACCGAUUUGAAGCAACACUUUGAAAUCAUUAUGGCUUUCAACGAAAAACUUGCCGACAUGGAGCUGUCGAAUGAGUCCGAUCGGGUGUUAGUUGCAAAAAUGUUGAUCAAACUGGCCGACAUCAACAGCCCGAGUAAACCGUAUCAAUUGCAUCGCCAGUGGACAGAGAGGAUUUGCGAGGAAUUCUAUGAACAGGGAGAUGAGGAGAAGCGGCGCGGAAUGGUUGUCACCCCGUACAUGGACCGAAGCGAUCCACAGGUGGCUAAAUUGCAAGAUUCCUUCAUCGCCCACGUCGUCUCACCGCUGGCCGUCGCAUUGAAUGAGGCCGGUCUCUUACCUGUUCUCCCCGGUUUGGAAGAAGCAGAGAUCAUGAUCAAUUUGAAGCACAAUCACCAGAAAUGGUUGCUCGAGUUGGACAAUGGGAGCGCCUCGUCGGGUGUCGGCACGGGAAAUGAAACGAUCGAGGAAGAAUCUUCGACAAGCGAGAGCCCGGAGAAACUCGAGCGAACCCCGUCGAUCGACUCGACUGGAGAGGAUCGCUCG